GUUGGGUUUAAAUAACUCAGCCCCGAGUUGGAGCCCAGCCACAGCGUCUCGAGCCAGAGGUUGAAGAAGGAAGGGAACGAGACGCAGCAGUGCACCGACGAGCCGGAACGCUUCCGAAGGUUGUCCCAGCAAGAUACUCCCGAGUGAGAAACUGACACCAGAAAGAUACUCCCGAGUGAGAAACUGACACCAGAAAGAUACUCCCGAGUGAGAAACUGACAUCAGCGAGCACAGUUGACAAAAGCAACCUCAAGCGAGGCGCAUCGACGAUGGCGCUCUCUCCGGACACCUUGAAGGCCGUCACGAAAGCGUCGGGGCUCAACGUGUGGAGGGUCGAGAACAUGGCCCUCGUGUCGGUGCCACCAAAAGCCUUUGGAAACUUCUUCGAGGGCGACUGCUACGUCCUGCUGAACGUGCUGAAGUCUCCGAGCGGCGCGACGCUGGACGUCCACUACUGGCUGGGCCAGGAGUCGACGCAGGACGAGCAGGGCGCCGCCGCCAUCUUGUGCACCCAGUUGGACGAGCAGCUCGGCGGGGUGGCCGUGCAGCGGCGCGAGGUGCAGGGCAGCGAGUCCGACACCUUCAAGGGCUACUUCAAGUCCGGCGUCAUAUACAAGAAAGGAGGCAUUGCAUCCGGCUUCAAGCACGUGGAGAGCAACACCUACAACGUGAAGCGGCUUCUACACGUCAAGGGCAAGAAAAACGUGACGGCCAGCGAGGUGGAGCUGUCGUGGGACAGCUUCAACACGAGCGACGUCUUCCUGCUCGACAUAGGCAAGGUCAUCGUGCAGUGGAACGGUGCCGGGAGCAACCGCAUGGAGCGCCUCAAGGGCAUGAAGCUGGCGAUGGACGUGCGCGACCGCGAGCGCGGCGGGCGCAGCCAGAUCGGCGUGGUGGAGGGCGACCGCGAGGAGGAGAGCCCCGACCUCGUCGCCGCCAUGGCCGAGAUCCUGGGCCACCGCCAGAGGCCCCUCCCCGAGGGGGCCCCCGACGACCGCGCCGACCAGCACCAGAAGGCCAACGUCAAGCUCUACCACGUGUCCGACUCGGAGGGCAGCCUCGUGGUUCAGGAGGUCGCGACGAGGCCUCUCACCCAGGACCUCCUGUUGCACAACGACUGUUACAUCUUGGAUCAGGGUGGUUCCAAAAUCUUUGUGUGGAAGGGGAAAGGAGCGACCAAAACGGAGAAGAAGGAAGCCAUGAGCCGUGCACUGGGCUUCAUCAAGGCCAAGGGCUAUCCGUCGUCGACUGGCGUCGAGCUGGUGAACGACGGUGCCGAAUCGGCCGUCUUCAAGCAGCUCUUCCAGAAGUGGAGCGUGCCCGGGCAGACCGUGGGCCUCGGCAAGGCCUACAGCGCCAGCAAAAUCGCCAAGGUGGAGGAUGGCAAGUUCGAUGCGACGCUGCUGCACGCACGGCCGGACAUCGCGGCCCAGGAGCGCAUGGUGGACGACGCGUCCGGCGACGUGGAGGUUUACCGCAUCGAGAACCUGGAGCUGCAGCCGGUGGAGAAGAAGUUCCAUGGCCAGUUCUACGGUGGGGACUGCUACCUGGUGCUCUACACCUACCUGAAGGCCAACAAGCCCUCCCACAUCAUCUACAUGUGGCAGGGCCGGCACGCGUCCCGCGACGAGGUGGCGGCGUCGGCCUACCAGGCCGUGGAGCUGGACCGCCGCUACGGCGGUGAGCCCACGCAAGUGCGCGUCACCAUGGGCAAGGAGCCGCGCCACUUCCUCGCCAUCUUCCGCGGGCCCGUGGUCAUCUUCGAGGGCGGCACGUCCCGCAAGGGCGGCCAGGAGCCCGAGCGCGCCAUCAAGCUCUUCCAGGUGCGAGGGACGGGCAGCCACAACACCAAGGCCAUCGAGGUGCCGGCCUGCGCCGGGUCGCUCAACUCCAACGACGUCUUCGUGCUCCAGCAGCCCAACCACUGCGACGUGUGGUGCGGCAAGGGCUGCAGCGGUGACGAGCGCGAGCUGGGCAAGUCGGUGGCGGGGCUGCUGACCCGCGGGGACAAAGUCACCGUGCUGGAGGGCCAGGAGCCCGUCGACUUCUGGCUCGCCAUCGGCGGCAAGGCGGCCUACGCCAGCGACAAGCGGUUUCAGGAGGAGGCGGUGGACUUCGUGCCGCGCCUCUUCGAGUGCUCCACGCAGAGCGGCCGCUUCUUCGUCACCGAGGUGGCCGGCUUCACGCAGGACGACCUGGACGAGGACGACGUCAUGCUGCUGGACGCCGGCGAAGAGCUCUUCCUGUGGGUGGGCAGCGGUGCGAGCGAGAAGGAGCGCGUCGAGUCGGCCGCCACGGCGACGGAGUUCCUCAAGUCUCACCCGUCCCAACGGGACCCCGACACCCCCGUCGUCACCGUCAAGCAGGGGUUCGAGCCGCCCACCUUCACCGGCUGGUUCAUGGCCUGGGACCACCUCAAGUGGAAGAGUGCCAAGUCUUACGAAGAUCUCAAGCUGGAGCUCGGGGAUGUGACCGGUAUCUCCCAGAUCACUGUGGACAUGAACAACAAGGCGAGCGUCGGGGGUCAAAGCAAGGCGGGCGGCGGAAGCGGCAAAGCGGCAGCGGCCACCGCUGGCGGUGGCGGCAAAGUCGCCGGCGCCAAGGCAUCCUCGGGGAGCAAGUUGCCGGGAGCCGGAGUGUCGGGGCUUCAGCCGCAAGGCUACAAGAGCACCGCGGACGAGAAGGCCUACGCCAAGGGCGGCGGCGUCGGAGGGGGCGGCGCUACCCAGAAUUCCGUGGGAGGCGCGGCGCAGACGACAAGCGCCGGAGCGGGGACCGCAGCCGCAGCCGGAGCCGGCGGGGCGGUGGCAGCUCAGCCAGGCCACGGCGGGGAGCACAAGCCCGGUGGGAAUGAGGUGGACGGCACCUCCUCUGGGUCCUACCCCCCGGAGUGCCUUGUGAACGUCGCGACGGAGGAUCUGCCGCCCGGCGUGGACCCCAGAAAGAAAGAGGUCUACCUCGGCAGCGGGGACUUCGAGAGGAUCUUCGAGAUGUCUCGAUCGCAGUUCGCCGCCCUGCCCCAGUGGAGGCAGAAAGAGCUGAAGAAAGCCAAAGGCCUCUUCUGAGGACAGCGCAGCGGCACGGCGAAGCACCUUGGACGUCAUCUCAUAUCAUCCCCCCUCACCCCCCCCUACUACACCCCACCCCCCGGAUACAAUCUUAGGGGCCGUCCAUAAAUAACGUCACGCACCUGGGGGGGGGGGGGGGGGAGGGGGUUUGAGAAAUGUGACGUCACGUAAGAAUGCACAACUUUAAAUAAAUGUAGACAACGCGUUCCACUUAAUCAAAUAGACUUUGUAAUAAUUUUUUUCUCCUACAACAUCAGAGUGCAGCGUGACAUUAAAAACGCACUACAAUAGUUUAAAGCGAUUUGAAGCAUGUUUUAUAUAUAUAUAUUUUUUGGGGGGGGAGCAGAGCUUU